AUGCUUGUUGAGAAGGCGUUCAAUUUGUACACCAACCCCACUACCACAACUCCUGCGAGAAGGAAGAAAUCAAAUCGGCGCCAUCCUGGAGAAGGCUGCAGUGACCCUUCCGCAAAGAGAGCUCGGACAGAGGACCCUCCUACACCAACUCCUUCCAAAGAGAUGACUCCCCCUCCAGGCCCUGCCGACCAGACUCUUCCAGCUCCCACUGACCAGAAUCCCCCGACUCCUACCAACCCAAGUCCUGCUGCUCAGCCAGAUAAAACUCUGGUCGAGGCGUUCUUGAACUCCGCCCGCACUUCGGCCAGCGACAGGUUGAAAAACUAUCCAGAUACUGGCGGGAUUCUGACCGUGAGUACCGGUUGGCGUAGCUCAGAGGAGGUGGUCGCCAAGCAUGCUAAAGAGAUCAAGGCGGCUGAGGGAAGGCUCUUCAAGCAGCAUAAGGAGUCGCGAGUAGCUGAGGCUAAGAUCACCAAGCUUGAGGAGGAAUUGGAGAAGAAGGAGGAAUCAAUUACCAAAAUCUCUGCUUGCAAGGAGAGGUAUAAGGAGGCCUCACAGAUAAACUACCGAGAAGCCAACAAACUUCAAACAGAGUUGGAGAUCAGCGACAAAGAGACUGCCGACCUUGAGGAGACCAACGCCUGCAACCUGGAGAAGUAUGAGGGAGCGGCGCUUUAG